AUGUCGGCAGACCAGCAAGCAACGGGGUGUGGUGGAAACAAUGGCGUCUUAGCAGCACCGUCACCGCAAACGCCGCACGCCAUUAGCAACAUGUCGAACGAGGCCCAGGAUUAUGAGCACCAAGGUGUAUCCUCGCCUCCGUACUCCAUGGAGAGCGCGAUUAAUCAGGCGAUACCCCUAUACCAGCCGCACGCCCCAGCGCCUGGUGUGGUGAUUGAUCCGGAUAUGGUUGAAGACCAUAUCAGCUUCCUGCGCACCGUGCGCGCCUUCCACCAUUAUAAGCGCCAGGCGCUGGCUGCGCGCGAGAUGCGGUGCACUAACUUCCGCAAGCUGCAAGAUCAGCACCGCGAUCUGCUGUGCAUCGAUCUGGACAAGAUCCUCGAUAAGUACCUGGAGUGCAUCGAGGUGAACAGCACCUUCUUUGACGCCAUCUGCGAGGCGAGUGAGGAACUGUUCGACAGCUACUGGCCCGAGGGUACGACGGUGCUCAUGGGAGAUGUGCCGCCCCCGACGCCCCUGGAUAUGAACAAGGUUUUCUCAACUCUGCGCCAGUUCGUGCGCGACUGGUCUGCCGAGGGUGUGGCAGAGCGCGACUGCGUGUACAAGCCGAUUCUGGAUACGUUGAAUCGCUGCUUCCCCAAUCGAAGCGAGCGCGAGAACGUGCGAGUGUUGAUUCCUGGGGCUGGACUUUGCCGACUCUCUGUGGAACUUGCCCUCCGCGGCUUCUUUGCCCAGGCAAAUGAGUUUAGCUACCAUAUGCUGAUCGCCGGUCACUAUAUCCAGAACCACGUGUUUGAAUCGUGCCAGCACAAGAUCUACCCCUAUAGUGACAGCACCUGCAAUCUAGUCAACCGUGCCGACCAGUUCGCCGAGGUGCAGAUCCCCGACUUGUGCGCCUCCGAGGCGAUCGAUGCUCUACGUGACACGGGUCUCUCCUUUGGACAGCUCUCUAUGGUCGCCGGAGACUUCACAGAGGUGUACGCGAAGUCGCACCAACACAAGACGUGGUCGGUCGUAGCCACAUGUUUCUUUAUCGACACAGCCCACAACAUCAUAGAGUACCUCGAGAUCAUCUACAACCUUCUUGUCCCUGGUGGGUACUGGGUGAAUGUCGGGCCCCUGCUGUAUCACUUUGCCGACAGCGCCGACGAUAUGUCGAUUGAGUUGUCACUAGGCGAGGUACUGACGGUUGCGCAACGCAUCGGUUUUGUGCUGAACGGACCGCCGUCGUUUAUCGACACGACCUACACGAACAAUCAACGCAGCAUGAAACAGCUGGUGUACCGAUGCGCUUUCUUUGUUCUCCAGCGUCCCUUGGCCGAGACGCAGAAGGAAGCGAUAGAUUGCGUUGUGAAGGUGAAAGCGACUUAG